AUGAACUUUAUUUAUUUUAAUAUAUUAUUUUUCUCACUCUUAUUAGAUACAUUUAUAUCAUCACAUACGAAUAUUCCUAGAACAAACCAUAAUAAUUCGAAAAAUGCAACAGUUAAUAAAACACCCGUAAAUACAAUUCCAGAUGUUAUUACAUUAGAUUAUAUAAGAGAACAAUUAAAACAAAUUCAACUAAUAAAAGAUGAAAUAAUCAAAGACAAAUUAAAGAAAAUUAAAUUACUAAAAAAGAAAUAUAAAAAUAAAAAUAAAAAAGAUCAUAAUGAUAUUAAAGAAGAAAUUGAAAAAUUAGAAAAAGAAAUAUUGGAUACUAAAAUAUUAUGCGAAGAUUAUAUAAAAAAUGAAUUAAAAGAAAUCUCAUUAUUAAAAGAUGAAAUUGUCAAGGAUAAAAUAGAAAGCUUCCACUGGAAGAGAGAUAAAUUAAUAGAUUAUGAAUUAAACAAACUUUUCCUAGAAGAAAAAAGAAAAAGAUUAUUAGAAUCAUAUGAACAAUAUGUAAAAGAACAACUAGAAAAGAAAAAAAUGAAAGAGAAAAUAUUAAAAGAAAAACAAAUUAAGAAAAAACUAAAAAUUGAAAAAUUAAAAAAUGAAAGUAUUAUUUAUAAUAUAUAUUUAAAUAUAAAAUAUUACUUAAUUGAAUUUAGAAAUGAUGAUAUAGAUAUAGAAUUAUCAUUCCCAAAAUAUUUUCAAGAUUUAUUUAAAAAGAAAAAAGGUAAAAGAAAAACAUUUUUUGAACUUUGGAGUUCAUUUUAUGAAAUAAUGGAAGAGAAAGUUCAUAAAUAUCAAUUAGGAGGAUAUACAAUGGGAAUAGGAAUAAUUUCAGGAAUUGCAAAAUCAAUACAUGCUAUGGUAGCAACACCUAUGGCGUGUAUCAAGUUUAAGGCUCUUUGUGCAAAACUUGCUGCAGGAACAAUUGAAUGUUGUAAAGCCGCUUGUGCCGGAGCAACUACAUGUACCUCCUGUGUUACUACGAUUUCUAAAGUAUGUGCUAAUGCCACAUUUAAAACUCUUUGCUGUACUACGGCAGCGGAAAAAUGUUGUGAAGUAGCUGGUGCUGUUGCCAACUGUUGCAAACUUAAUAAACUUCAAGUUGCUUGCGCUACUGCUACUGCCUCUCCUGAUCCUGCAACUAAAGUCGUAGCAAUAAUAAUAAUUGUUAUUCUUGUUAUAAUACUUAUAGUAUAUUUAUAUUUUUUAAUUAAAAAAUCUGGAAUAUUAGAAAACGAAAAAGUUCAAAAAGUACUAUCAAAAUUAAAAAGUUAUUAUAAAUCAUAA